AUGCAUGCCGAGCGCCUGGGUGUCUAUUCCGUCCUAGUAAUUAUCCCCACAUCACCUGUCUCCAGGCCCAUCUGUGACUAUUCACAACUCUGUCAAAGACGGCUUGGAUAUUGGGGAAAAAUAACAUCCGGAAAGAAGGUGGCCGUUUUUGCGAAAUCGACAUUCUCAAACUCCAGAAGGGCAGCCAAGACCCUAAUUUACCCGAAAGCUGCCAAUAAUAAGAAAGGAAAGAAAUUUAAACCGAGGGGCGUCUUGUCUCCCGAUAUGAUCAGUCCUCCCCUCGGAGACUUCUGCCACACCAUUCACAUGGUCAAGGAUGGCCAGCACGAUGUCUUUGGAGACAUUUCCUUUCUUCAGGGGAACUCUGAUCUUCUACCUGGAAACCAGGAGAAAGCAUGCAUGGGCCAGUUCCCUGGCUGUAUGGAGUUCAGGGUCAGCAGCACCACCGACUUCAUGUUCACAGAAACGCUCACCCUGGUGCUCAAAAACACCAUCUCCCUCCCGACGAUUGGAGGGUCCCAAGCACUCAUGUUGCCCUUAUUGUCAACGGUGACAUUCAAUUCCAAACAGGAGUCCUUUGGUCCGGGAAAGCUGCCCUGGCUUAGCUGUGAGCGGGUCAUGGAGGAGAACAGUAUGGCCUAUCAGGGGGACGUUUCAUGGGGCUCUGGUGGGUCCGCAUCCCAAUCCCGCCACUCCUCCAGCCUCUCCAAACUGUACCCCUACUGGGCAGCCAAGAAUAUGUUUGACCAUCCCGCCUGGUGUGAGCUCGUCAAGGAAAAGACUGAAAAUCAGAGGAGUCUGUCUCUGAUCUCACUGGGUUCCCUCCUCUUCCUGCAGCUCGAUCUUGCACCUUCAUUUCUGGAUGCAGCGCUGAAGGUCAUGGAUAAAAAUAAGUUAACAGUACACCUCUGGCUCUUUUCCUUUGGGGUAAAAGGUUUCAAAAAAACAAAACAAAACUAA